CACCCAAGUUUACAGGCUCCGACUAAAAUUAAUUCGGAUCUAACCCGACCCGGUAAAACCAAUCCCAAAUUUUACUCCGUCGUGAACGCAUCAAAGCCAGAAAUUUUCUUCCUCCAAUCUCGCACUCUUCGCUUCCAUAAUCCCCAAAUCGUUUCGUUGAUUUUUCCAAAAUCGGGAGAUGAAGCUAACGGACGAUAACGAAGAGGUUACGAUGAACGGAACUCGAGAAGUGGAGACGGCGGAGGAGGAGAUUUCGUCGCCGUGUUCGUUAGUGAUCGAAGCGUUUCCGGUGAAGAGAUCGAUUAUUGUAGGUUAUGCUCUUACAUCGAAAAAGAUUAAGAGCUUUUUGCAACCAAAACUCGAAGGUUUAGCUAGGAAUAAGGGGAUAUUAUUUGUGGCAAUAGAUCAGAAUAGGCCACUUUCAGAGCAGGGUCCGUUUGAUAUUGUGUUGCAUAAGCAAAUUGGAAAAGAAUGGCGUCGAAUUCUUGAGGAAUUUAGGCUAGCACAUCCAGAUGUCACAGUUCUCGAUCCUCCAGAUGCAAUACUACAUCUCCGUAAUCGUCAGUCAAUGCUUCAGUGUGUUGCGGACAUGAAUCUAUCUGAUAGUUAUGGACGAGUGGGUGUGCCCAAGCAAUUGGUAAUUAAAAGGGAUGCUUCCUCAAUCCCGGAAGCUGUCAAUAAAGCUGGGCUGAGACUACCUCUUGUUGCAAAGCCAUUGGUUGCUGAUGGAAGUGCAAAGUCACAUGAACUUUCUCUGGCUUAUGACCAGCACGCCCUUCUGAAGCUCGAGCCUCCUCUUGUUCUUCAGGAGUUUGUUAACCAUGGUGGUGUUCUUUUCAAAGUUUAUAUUGUUGGGGAAGCAAUUAGAGUGGUCCGGCGUUUCUCCCUGCCUGAUGUCUCUAGACGAGAACUCUCCGAAGCAGCUGGUGUAUUCAGAUUCCCCCGGGUCUCUUGUGCUGCAGCUUCAGCUGAUGAUGCAGAUUUGGACCCGAACAUUGCUGGUAAGAUCUUCUUCAUCGCCACUGACAUGGCUAAAAUUUUUCUUGUUGCAAUAAACAAUGUUCUUAUUCUCGUUGCAGAGCUUCCACCACGUCCUCUGUUGGAGAGACUGGCAAAGGAACUCCGUCGUGGAUUGCAUCACACUAACGAAGAGCAGGAGAAGAUAAUCCUAAACCCUAAUUUUGAGGAUGGCCUGAACAACUGGACUGGAAGAGCGUGCAAGAUUGUCUUACACGAGUCCAUGGACGGCGGGAAAAUCGUUCCGCUCUCGGGAAAAGUUUUCGCAGCGGCAACACAGCGUAAAGACACAUGGAAUGGGAUUCAACAGGAGAUUUCAGGAAGAUUCCAGAGGAAGCGUGUGUAUGAAGUAACAGCAGUAGUUCGAAUAUUUGGCAACAAUGUCACUAGUGCAACAGUACAGGCGACUCUAUGGGUCUUAAACGCAAACCAACGAGAACAAUACAUAGUCAUUGCCAAUGUGCAGGCGACUGAUAAGAACUGGGUGGAGUUGAAGGGUAAAUUUGUAAUCCAUGGUUCGCCAUCGAGGGUAAUACUAUACCUUGAAGGUCCACCUUCAGGAUCUGACAUUCUUCUCAACAGUUUAGUUGUUAAACAUGCUAAAAGGAAUCGUCCAUCGCCUCCUCCUUUCUAUGAGAAUCCCGGUUUCGGAGUCAAUAUAGUCGAAAACAGUGAAGUGGUAAACGGGGCAACCCAACCAUGGUUCACCCUAGGAAACUGCAAGUUGAGUGUUGGACAAGGCGCUCCUCGCACUCUGCCCCCAAUGGCGAGAGACACGCUCGGUCCUCACAAACCUCUAAGCGGAAACUACAUCCUCGUGACUAACAGAACGCAGACUUGGAUGGGUCCGGCUCAGAUGAUAACCGAGAAACUCAAACUCUUCUUGACAUAUCAAGUUUCAGCAUGGGUCAAGAUUGGUGUGGGAGUGAGUGGUAGUAGUAUGAGUCCUCAAAAUGUGAACAUUGCACUUAGUGUCGAUAACCAAUGGGUCAAUGGAGGACAAAUCGAGGUCACCGUUGGUGAUACAUGGCAUGAAAUCGGCGGAUCCUUUAGGCUCGAAAAGCAGCCACAAAACGUCAUGGUUUACGUUCAAGGUCCUGCAGCUGGCAUUGAUUUGAUGAUCGCGGCACUGCAGAUUUUCCCCGUGGAUCGUCGAGAACGUGUCAGAUGUCUCAAAAGACAAGUUGAUCAGGUACGUAAGCGCGACAUAGUCUUGAAAUUCUCGGGACUAGACGAGGACUCCUUCGAUUUGUUUCCUUACAUAGUGAAGGUUAAACAAACAUACAACAGUUUCCCAGUAGGAACAUGCAUUAACAGAACAGACAUAGACAAUGAAGACUUUGUAGAUUUCUUCACAAAGAACUUUAACUGGGCAGUGUUUGGAAACGAGCUUAAAUGGUACUCGACAGAAGCCGAACGAGGAAAGGUAAAUUACCAAGACGCAGACGACAUGUUAGAUCUCUGCAUUGGUAACAACAUAAACGUUAGAGGACAUUGCAUCUUCUGGGAAGUUGAAUCCACUGUUCAGCCAUGGGUUCGGCAGCUUAACAAAACCGAUCUUAUGAACGCGGUCCAAAAGCGUCUCACGAAUCUUCUGACCCGAUACAAAGGUAAAUUUAAGCACUACGAUGUCAACAAUGAGAUGCUUCAUGGUUCUUUCUAUCAAGACAAACUUGGAAAAGGUGUAAGAGCACUUAUGUUCAACAUUGCACAUAAGCUUGAUCCAUCUCCUCUGCUUUUCGUGAACGAUUAUCAUGUUGAAGACGGGGAUGAUACACGUUCGUCCCCCGAGAAGUAUAUAAAACUUGUUCUUGAUUUGGAAGCUCAAGGAGCAACAGUAGGAGGGAUUGGGAUCCAAGGACAUAUAGAUAGUCCUGUUGGAGCUAUUGUUUGCUCUGCUCUUGAUAAGCUCUCUGUUCUUGGUCGUCCCAUUUGGUUCACAGAGCUUGAUGUCUCUUCGAGUAAUGAAUAUGUUAGAGGAGAAGAUCUUGAAGUUAUGUUAUGGGAAGCAUUUGCCCACCCUGCAGUUGAAGGAAUAAUGCUAUGGGGUUUCUGGGAACUAUCUAUGAGUAGAGAGAACGCGAAUUUGGUGGAGGGAGAAGGAGAAGUAAACGAAGCCGGAAAAAGAUUUCUCGAGGUGAAACAAGAAUGGUUAUCUCAUGCAUAUGGGAUCAUCAAUGAUGAAUCAGAGUUCACAUUCAAAGGCUAUCAUGGGACUUACGCCGUUGAAAUUUGUACUCCGGCUGGGAUUGUUCUCAAAACGUUCGUUGUCGAAAAAGGAGACACUCCACUUAUUAUAUCCAUUGAUCUCUCUUCUUUGUGAUGUUUGUGUUUGUGUUUUUUUUUUCCUUGUGAUUUCUCUUAUAUAUGGGUAUUUGUUCUUCGUGAAGUACGUAACAUAUGUACACAAAGUUAUGUUAUGUGUUUCUUUUUGAUUGUUUUGUACAAUUGCAAUAAAAACUUGUGAAAAUGAUUGUUAUGACAAUAUUGCUUGAAUUUCAUUUCAAGCUUAUAUUAAGAAUAAACGUGUUUUUUAUUG